AUGGAUACUCAGCCUUUCAACACGGGCAUCCCGUCUCAACUCUGCUCAGCUUUGCCCGGAGCAGUCUCGCUGAAACGCCGUGCCCUGGCCCAUACAACGGUAUGCAUGACGGCGAGCUCGCGGAUACACGACCCCGGGGCUGCCUCUGCUGCUUCUUCUACCUCCUACAUGGCCAGUGCGCCCUCUUUCGCAUUGAUUGUUCCUCCAUUUAUGUCAUUCGACGGUUCGGCCGAACGCAGGGUGGAUGGCAAGCAGUAUCGUCGAAACGAAGAGUGA